CCAGCGCUUCGAAUGCGGACGCCAAGCCUGGCUGAGGCUGCGAAGGACGAGCGGCGCAGGGACCCCGCGGGCGGCUGGGGCUUCCGCGGCGCCCGCCUCUGCUCCCUCCCUUCGGGCGCUGGGUGCCGACCGGCCGGCCGGCCGGCGCCGCCUCCUGGGAAGAUGGCGCUGCACUUCCAGAGUUUGGCUGAAUUGGAAGUGUUAUGUACUCAUCUCUACAUAGGGACUGAUCUUACACAAAGAAUAGAGGCUGAGAAAGCACUCUUGGAACUUAUUGACAGUCCAGAAUGUCUCAGCAAGUGUCAGCUUUUAUUAGAACAAGGAACAACAUCCUAUGCUCAGCUCCUUGCAGCAACAUGUCUUUCAAAACUUGUCAGCCGAGUCAGUCCUUUACCUGUUGAGCAGAGGAUGGACAUCAGAAACUACAUUCUGAAUUACGUGGCAUCACAGCCCAAGCUGGCUCCCUUUGUCAUCCAAGCUCUUAUUCAAGUCAUUGCUAAAAUCACUAAGUUGGGGUGGUUUGAGGUUCAGAAAGACCAAUUUGUCUUCAGAGAAAUUAUUGCUGAUGUGAGGAAGUUUCUCCAGGGUACUGUGGAACACUGCAUAAUAGGAGUAAUAAUCCUUUCUGAAUUGACUCAGGAAAUGAACCUGGUUGAUUAUUAUAGACCUUCAGCAAAACACAGGAAAAUAGCUACCUCAUUUCGUGAUACUUCUCUCAAAGAUGUUUUAGUGCUAGCAUGCUCUCUUUUAAAAGAGGUGUUUGCCAAACCUUUAAAUCUUCAGGAUCAAUGUCAGCAAAAUCUGGUAAUGCAGGUCUUGAAACUGGUCCUUAACUGCCUUAACUUUGACUUCAUUGGCAGUUCAGCAGAUGAAUCUGCAGAUGAUCUUUGCACGGUGCAGAUUCCAACAACUUGGAGAACAAUUUUCCUGGAACCAGAAACAUUGGAUCUUUUCUUCAAUUUGUAUCAUUCACUUCCACCACUACUAUCUCAGUUAGCACUUUCAUGUUUAGUUCAGUUUGCUUCGACAAGAAGGUCCUUAUUUAACAGUCCUGAACGUGCCAAGUACCUUGGUAAUUUAAUUAAGGGAGUAAAAAGGAUACUUGAAAACCCUCAGGGUUUGUCUGAUCCAGGUAAUUAUCAUGAAUUUUGUCGAUUUUUGGCUCGUUUAAAGACAAAUUAUCAGCUGGGAGAAUUAGUUAUGGUGAAGGAAUAUCCUGAAGUUAUUAGAUUGAUUGCUAAUUUUACCAUUACUAGCCUACAGCAUUGGGAAUUUGCUCCUAACAGUGUUCAUUAUUUAUUAACUCUGUGGCAAAGGAUGGUAGCAUCUGUUCCUUUUGUGAAAUCAACUGAACCCCACCUGUUAGACACUUACGCACCAGAAAUCACGAAGGCCUUUAUCACUUCUCGGUUGGACUCUGUUGCCAUAGUUGUGAGAGAUCGCUUAGAUGAUCCACUGGAUGAUACUGCCACUGUGUUUCAGCAGUUGGAGCAGUUGUGCACGGUCAGCAGAUGUGAAUAUGAAAAGACAUGUGCUCUUCUUGUGCAGUUAUUCGACCAAAAUGCGCAGAAUUACCAAAAACUUCUGCAUCCAUCUUCUGGUGUAACUGUGGACAUCACCAUUCAGGAAGGACGUCUUGCAUGGCUGGUAUACUUAGUUGGGACAGUUGUAGGAGGAAGAUUAACAUAUACCAGUACAGAUGAGCAUGAUGCUAUGGAUGGAGAAUUAUCCUGUCGAGUUUUUCAGCUUAUAUCUUUAAUGGAUACCGGAUUGCCUCGAUGUUCUAGUGAGAAAAUAGAGCUUGCAAUUCUGUGGUUCUUGGAUCAGUUUCGUAAAACAUAUGUUGGUGAUCAACUUCAAAGAACCUCAAAGGUAUAUGCUCGUAUGUCAGAAGUCUUAGGAAUAACAGAUGACAACCACGUUCUAGAAACAUUCAUGACAAAAAUUGUUACAAACCUUAAAUACUGGGGAAGAUGUGAGCCUGUAAUUUCAAGGACUCUUCAGUUCCUAAAUGACCUUUCUGUUGGUUAUAUCCUUUUAAAAAAACUUGUGAAGAUAGAUGCUGUGAAAUUCAUGCUAAAAAACCACACGAGUGAACACUUCCCUUUUCUUGGCAUCAGUGACAAUCAUAGUCUCAGCGACUUCAGGUGUCGAACAACCUUCUACACAGCGCUCACUCGCCUUCUGAUGGUAGAUCUAGGUGAAGAUGAGGAUGAAUUUGAGAAUUUCAUGCUGCCUCUUACAGUUGCUUUUGAAACAGUAUUACAAAUAUUCAACAACAACUUUAAACAAGAAGAUGUAAAGCGUAUGUUGAUCGGGCUGGCAAGAGAUCUUCGAGGGAUUGCCUUUGCACUGAACACAAAGACCAGCUACACCAUGCUGUUUGACUGGAUGUACCCAACGUACCUUCCCCUUCUUCAGAAUGCUGUUGAACGGUGGUAUGGAGAGCCAGCAUGUACAACUCCCAUCUUGAAACUUAUGGCAGAACUUAUGCAAAACAGAUCCCAGCGUUUGAAUUUUGAUGUAUCAUCUCCUAAUGGAAUUCUUCUCUUCAGAGAAGCUAGUAAAAUGGUUUGCACUUAUGGUAAUCAGAUCCUGUCCCUUGGGAGCCUCUCAAAAGAUCAGAUUUAUCCAAUGAAACUCAAGGGCAUCUCCAUCUGCUAUUCAGCUCUCAAGUCUGCCUUGUGUGGAAAUUAUGUCAGCUUUGGCGUCUUCAAGUUGUAUGGGGACAACCAUUUUGACAAUGUACUCCAGGCUUUUGUCAAAAUGCUGCUGUCAGUGUCCCACAGUGACUUGCUUCAAUACCGGAAGCUGAGCCAGUCUUAUUAUCCACUCCUGGAAUGUCUCACUCAGGACCAUAUGAGCUUCAUCAUCAACUUAGAGCCUCCUGUACUCAUGUAUGUUCUCACAUCUAUCUCAGAGGGACUCACUACUCUUGAUACAGUUGUCUCCUCCAGCUGCUGUACCAGUUUAGACUACAUCGUCACCUACCUCUUCAAGCACAUAGCAAAAGAGGGCAAGAAGCCACUUCGAUGCAGAGAGGCUACCCAGGCUGGUCAGAGACUAUUACAUUUUAUGCAGCAAAACCCAGAUGUCCUGCAGCAGAUGAAUAAAUUGAGGUACAGAGAGAUCAACUGGAAAGUGGUAGAGUUGGAAUUUGAAGCAAGGUCUGUUUGACUGAAAAGCCCAAGUUCUUACUACUCACACCAUUGGUAUUCAAGAGCUGUCAGGAGCUAUAAAAAUCAUACUUCAGUAGGGACUUAAGCUGAAAGAACAUUCACCCUUUUCCUCAAUCAGUCAGUCAGUCAAUGAAAAUUGCUUUUGUAUAGUGCUCUUCAUGACAUGCAUCCCAAAGUGAAUUACAGCAAAAGGGAAAUCAUCUGCUCUUUUUUCAUUUCUGUGUUUAGACUGAAAUGAUAUUGCUCAACAUUUUGACAUACUAUACAAGACAUCUUUCAUACUUAAGAUUCCAUUCCAUAAUACUGAGUAGGAGAAAAUGCAGUCGCAUAUUUAACUGAUGUUGAGAUUUUGGCCUACAGGAACCUUAGCAAGACUCUUACAGUCAAAAACACUUAAGCAGAUGAAAUACAGUCAUAUCUCUUGUCCUCUUAAAUAAAAGAAUAGUCAGAUUUUCUAAUGUUAAUAAAGACAUUUCUAGUGAUCCUUAAAUAAAAAGUAUGCUCUUUAUGUAACCCAUUAGCUCUCUCUGGUUGAUUUACAACUUUAUUCUCAAUAAUACAGUAGUAUAUUGAUAUCAAAAACAAGCUGAAAGAACAUUCACAACUGGAUCAGGUAAUAACGGAUUUAAAAAGUUUAAAGGAAGCCAGGGAUAUGUCAUUAGACACUGAAAUUGGAAAAUAGGAACUCAAAUUUCAUAACAGAAUUUUUGCACAUGGUGCUACAAUCUUGGUUUUAACAGCAAUCAAUGCAUAUAUUAUGCAUAUACAUAGUGGGAAGAAAAAUAAUAUUGGCAAAAUGUAAGUGCUUCUAUUCACAAUAGCACGUGGAAUCAACCUAAAUGCCCAUCAGUGGUUGAUGGGAUAGAAAAUGUGGUACAUAUAUACACCAUGGAGUACUACACAGCCAUCAAAAAGAAAGAGAUCAUGUCCUUUGCAGCAACAUGGAUGGAGCUGGAGGCUAUUAUCCUAAGCGAACUAACGCAGAAGCAGAAAACUAAAUACAGCAUGUUCUCACUUACAAGUGGGAGCUAAACAUUGAGUACACAUGGACAUGAAGGGAACAACAGAUACCGGGGCCUACUUGAGAGUGGAGAGUUGGAGGAGGGUGAAGAUCAAACAACUACCUAUUGGGGGUACUGUGCUUAUUACCUGCGUGACAAAGUAAUCUGCACACCAGACCCCUGUGACAUGCGGUUUACCUAUAUAACAAACCUGUACAUGUACCCCGAACCUAAAAUAAAAGCUUUAAAAUUUAGAAAUUUAAGAAAUAAAAUUUUUCAAAUGUAGGUGCUUACUAUCUGCAAGCACUAGCUUAACCUACUUACAUAUGCAUUAUCUGGUUUAAUCAUGACAGUAUCUUUGUGAAGGUGUAGUAUUAUCAUUACCAUUUUACAGAUAUAGAAACUGAGGCACAAAAAAAAUAGGAAACAUUCCCAAGGUCACAAAGUCAGUAACUGGAAGAACUAAAAUUUUAGCUGAAAUCUGUUUCACUGUGGGGUUCACAUGCUUAAACACAAAGCUAUCUCUGUUCCUUUGUUUAGUGGCUUCUAAUCUAAAGUACGUAUGUUUUGAGCACAUAAAAUGAGGCAAGUUGAGCUUCCAGUAAGUCCCACUGGGGCCAUCCUUAAGGUAGAAUGGUUUAAAGCAGUCAUUCUAUACCCCAGCAUUAUACUACAGCCAGAACAAAACAGAUGGGCAGUGACCCAAAGAGGCAGCGGGCAAGGGAGAAGGAAGUGGCUUUGCCAGUUGCUGCAGAAAAAGCCCUGUGGCUCCCACCACCACCAAGACAGACCUAACCAAGCUUCCACUUUCUUACGCUACACGCACACCCAUUCAUUAAUUUUACAGCCAGAUGUUGAAGGUGUAUAAUUUAGUAG